GGCGGGUCGACAGUGCAGCGAAGCAAAUCAAGUGCUCUCGACAGCUACAUGCCUUAUCACUUUAUACUGCAUUCUACAACAUGGAGGUAAGUCCUUGAAAUCAGUAAAUGCUCGGCUUGAUCAUGUGUUCAGGCAAUACACAGCAUGUGAUCACAGCUAAUCAUUGAUUGAAUUGAUUAGAACAGCUGAAUUUGUUGGUUUAACUAUCACUUGCACGCCCAUUGUACUUGAGCUUAGGUAAUUAGUGCACCAAGAACGUGUCUAAGAUGAUGUUAGAGCUUGAGCUUCGAGAGUGGACUUGUUUUUUUUUUAAUAUCUCCAAUAUUGAUGGAUUUUAUAAUAGCCCUUUGGUCCAUGUGUUGCUAUAAUUCCUCUUGUAAAGCUCAAUAAUUUUGUGAAAUCUGGUGAUAAGAGCUUGAUUAUGCAAAUUUUUUAAGUUCCUUUCUCACAGGUUGGAGUGGCUCUUAAAGAGCUUUCAUUGUUUAAAUUUUUCAACAUGCUCUAAGCUGCAGGAAAGCUUGAGUAAACUAUUUUGAUCAUUAUUUUUAUGCCUGUAAUGUUGGCAUAGUUUUCUGGGUAAAUACCUUUAUAUCCAGCAACGUGAUGGCUUAUCAGAUUAAAGUUGCCAUAACGUGACUUUGCAUUGGCAGCUGGUUUCAUACAGUCAGUCAUUCAUUAAUCUCUUGAUCUUUUGAGAAGCUUAAAAAGGGUAUAGGACUUCAAACCGUUGUGACAUGAAUUCACAAAUAUUAUACAGCACUUGAGGAAAGAUGGAAACUUUCAAAGAAGUGAUGACGACUUAGAAUGGCGACGAUAAUUAUGGUGUAUUGUAACACACUUAAUGUCCAGGACCUCUUAACAUGGCCAUACGUUUGUUUAUUACAUGUACUUGAACUGCUUUUGGCUUUGUUUCAAGCAAAAGUUUUAUAGUCACAAUCGUAUUAUAAAAAUUUACAUCACCCAAAAAAACGACAUUCAUUGUUGUGAAAACAAAGGGUCUUUGUUAACUUGGUUUGAGUUGUUUUGAUGUGCCAGGACUAAUGUUGUGCAUCAUGGGAAGCAUGCUGGGGUUUAAUUACAGUAUUGAGCUUUCUUUCAAGCAGUAUUUCAGUAAUUUUUGUUUUAAUGUGUAUUGCGGUAUCGUCUAGCCCUGUGGUAUGUGGUUUCUCAUUAUUUUAGCGGACAUUGUUGUAAAAGAAGAUAUUUCACCGGUACCGUUCAUUUGCAUUCUCCUGUCUAAUACAGGUCAAUACAAUAUGAAACACAAAAAACAGUAAGCAAAACAGGUUAAUAAAAGUAAAUGUUUUUAAGUUUUCAGACAUAUAGAGGACAUUACAUGGCCGCACGGGGAUACAAAUUUUAUCUGCAAGUGCCUAAAGUAUCUCUCAUGCGUGAGCGAAGCGAACGAAUGAGAGAUACUUUCAGCACGAGAAGAUAAAAUUGGUAUCCCCAAGCGGCCAUGUAAUGUUCUGUUUAUUUUAUAGAUACUGAUGAAAUUCCUACAUAAAACACAACUUUUGUUUUUAUUCAUUUUCAAAACAGCAAAAUGGGACAAUUUAAAGUGGUCACCUAUCACAAAAUGCCUGUCACAAAAAUGUUAUGAAACUCGGAUAUAAAGUUAUAAAGGAGAAAUAAAGAAAAUAAUACUUAUAUUCUCUGUUCUAUAACAGCAAAAGCAUAUGUUAGUAACCAUGGUGACACCAAUAUCCUCACACAUGAAAGAUAAAAAUAGUAUCUUCACUGCACGCGAUGAAGAUAUGCUUUUUUAGUAAAAGGAAAAAUCCUGGUAUUUCAUCAGUAAUGGUAUAUAUUAUUACAAUGUAGUUUGAUUCUCGUGAUUGACCUCCUCCCAUAGUGACCAAUAAAUCUUCACAUUUUGGCUGGUUGCUUACAGGAGGUUUUGACUGUGGUAUUGAUUAGAUUUGCCAGUGAAUUUGGUUUGUCUGUAAAAACAAUGUAAUGUUCCUCUUUCCCGUUAAUAGACUGUAUCCCCACCAUCCCUGGAAACCACUAAGAAAAAGGCCAAGGUCAAGAGGAGGCUUGAGUUCUCUGCUUCUGACUACAAGUCCAAGAAAAAAAUCCGUGUUAAGAGUGACUUAGUUAUCUCUGUUGGUCCUAUAAAUGAUAAGGAUGCAUCUGCUAGUGAUGAGAUCAUAGUAUCUGAUCAAGAGGUAAGUACAGUUGGCAAAACGACAGUCCCAUUCAAUGUUCUUUUCCACAUACUAUUACUGGGGGAAGGAAGAUCAUUCGUUAUACCAAGGACUGCAUAAACCCUAACCAAUGUGUAUUUUUUUUGUUAGCCUGCGGAAGAAUUUGCAGUUGGCCAGUUAGUUUGGGGCAGAUUGAAGGGCUAUGACUGGUGGCCUGGACGCCUUGUUUCCUACAUUGAGGCACAAAAAACUCCACCCUCUACAAAUAAUCACUGGAUCAGGUGGUUUGGGGAUAACAAGUUUUCACUGGUUUGUAGAUUUGUUUAGUAUACAUGUAAAGUCAAAACUCUCAAGGUUAUGCUCUAAGAAAAAUAUUAAAGGGAGCGCAGUGCUCUGAAUCUACAAAAUCCAGGAUGUUUGAACUGCAUAUGAUUAUGAAGAAACUAUGAAACUAAAAAGAUUAGCGCAAGAGCAGAAGUAAGCUGGUCCUACUAAAGGGGCCAUUGGGUGCUGCUAGCAAGUGAGCACAGCCCUGACUCUCAUAAUCAGACAGCUGUUUUUUCUGCAAGAUUUCAAGAUGGCUUUUGCAUCCAACUACAUCUGCAUCAGUCGCAAAUGUUAGGAAGACUGUAGACAGUCUUAACAAGUUUUUAGUCCUAUAUUUCAACCAAGAAAAGUCAUGACAUUAUUUCUUUAACAAAUUAUUACAGCUGUACCCUUAAAAGCAUCCUUGCAUCUCAAAUUUCUAAUGCCUAAUAAGUCUUUACACAUCCCUGUUACUUAAAUGUUAUUGAUAAUACCAGAGAUCCCCUCCUUAUUUUUUAUGUUCUGAUGUAAAGACUAAGCAAGAUAGUCUGUCUGUCUGUCUGUCUGCAAAAUACAUAUUGACGUCGACACCAUAUGUGGGUUGAGUUUGUUGUUGGUUCUCUCCUUUGCUCCAAGAGGUUUUUCUCUGGGUACUCCGGUUUUCCCCUCUCCUCAAAAACCAACAUUUCCAAAUUCCAAUUCGACCAGGAAUCAGGUAGAUGAAGAACCACUAUGUGGAAGUGCUACCACCAAAUCAUUAUUUAUUUAUUUAUUUAUUUAUUUAUCUAUUUAUUUAUUUGUUUUGUGUGUUUAUUCAUGAUUGUACAUGUAAUAUUGUAUCAACACUUGUUCUAGCUUCCUGAGUCAUGUUUACGCCCACUGUCCAAAUUCAGAGAAAGUCUCAACCGUGGAAAAUUGAGAGGAAUUUACAAGAGAGCUAUUCUUGAUUGCUUAGAGGUAAGGUUGAAUAAAGAGUGUAAUAUGCAUGACCAUAGUCAGAGUCCUGUUCAUGCAGAAAAGGUUUAUUUUCUGAUACAAAUUUAUUAUGUAAUACCCUCAUUUUAAUUAAAACAAUGCUGCAAUCCUUUUGCUUCUCUAAGCAGGCUAUCAACUUUCUACAAUGCUUAAAAAAAUGCAUACAUGUCAUUAUGGUAAAUUUUGCUUAUCUGGGGUCAAUUUAAUAAAACUUUUACAAGACUAGUGUAAUUUAGUGUAAGUGUAGCUAUUGUUUUAGAGUCUCAAAAUAAUAGCUCGUAAAUUACACCUGUAAAAGUUUUAUUAAAUCGACCACUGGUUAGACAGUUGCUGUAGGAGUGGCCAAUGAAAACCUGCUCAUCUCAGGCUGGUGGUUUAAUGCUUAAUCUAGUUAACUGCCUUGCUGAUAACUUUAGCUUUCAAGAAGUCCAGAGCAUUCAGCCAGUCUUGUUGAUUUUGUUCAAGAAAUAGUGAUUGCGGAUUGGUAUUAAUUUUUAUACUUUUCUAAGGUGGCUGCUAGUAGGUGUGGAAAAGUGUUCUCUAAGAGUCCGAAGAAUCAAGCAGUGCAAACAAAAAAAAGCAGCAGAACAAGGCAGACAAAGAAUGACGCAAAUAAGAUUGCCAAGCAGCAAAAGGAUGAAGUACUUACUGAUAAAGAGAAGCAGGAUAUGAUGCUAGAAUGGGCAAUGAAUGGGUUUAAACCAAGUGGCCCUAAAGGUUUUGCUCCAACUGAAGGUAAUGGAAACAUGUGCAUUGAUUGCGGGCACAAGAGGAGUUCACAAUCCUAAUCUCCAGGUUGUUAUUACGCAUGCGUCACAUGUAUGUAGGCAGCAUUCGUUUGGACUUCCACUAAGAAUGAACGGAGUGCAGAGAAUACAAUUUGAUCUUGUGCGUUUCGACCUUCUACCCCUAGUAAUCUGAUUGACACGUACGUUUUGACUAUCUGUCACGUGAAAGCUACGCAAAUUAGCACAGCGUUGAAGCAAAAAUGUUUUGAAAUUUGGUUAUUACUAGUAUAAGUAAAUGUAUAUUUAACUCUUAAUGAUACGUCCCUUGAUUUCCAUGCAGCCUUUUCUGCACCAGCUUAAUUAUAAUUGUGCCAUAUUUGGCCACAUCUAAGCCAGUCACUAAGAACGAGGGGCCAGAGAUUUCCCCAACUACUUUCAUCGGAAAAAAAGUGGAAAAUAAAACCAAAGGAACUUCCUGAGCUGUUCACCGAGAAUGUGAAAUCUUAGCUACACCCCAAAUAUUAUUAUUUGAAACCUAGGAACUACAAACGUACAGUUCAGGAAAAUGAAAACUUUGAACGUGAGUAGAUCAGCAGACAUUAUUGAUUACAAAUUUAAGACUCUCUGCAGAAUUAUUAGAGUUGGAAAGUCCAUUUUUAUAGUUAACUGUAGUCAUGUGUUGAUUGUUGAUGAGAUCUUUAAGCCAUACAAUAAUUGAUUACGGAAACUGUCCAAUCGAUUAGCAUGGAGAAGAAAUAAAACUUCUUGUUGGCAAAUGAACAUAUUAAAAAUUUGUGUGUUGUCUUUUUAAUGGCAUCAUAAUAAAAAGUAAAGAAGAAAG